AUGGAUACAACUACUUUUUCAUCACAAUACAGUUCUGAUGAAUAUGGACGUACACCACUACAAGCAUUAUUUCCAGAAAUUUCUUUACCUCGACCAGUUCGAUUUUGGCUUCUUCUUAUUCUUUUAAUACCAUCUAUACUUUGCACUCUCAUACUUCUCUAUUAUUUCAUCAGAGAUCGAAGUCUACGAAGUCCAUUGAAUAAUCAUGUUAUUAUUGUUCUUCUAAUCGUGAAUUUUCAUGGUCUAAUGAUUGGAUUUCCAAUACAACUCAAUUUUCUACACUUAGGACAUGUAUGGCCUCAAAUUCCUACUACAUGUCUUGCAUGGCAGUUUUCGGAUAUCGGUAUUUUUACUACAACGGGUAUUAUUAUGGCUUGGGCUUCAAUUGAACGGCAUAUCCUGAUAUUUCAUGAUCAAUGGGUAUCAAGUCGAAGAAAAUGUUUUCUAUUUCAUUAUCUACCUUUGGUUAUAAUCAUCGUCUAUGGCCUUAUUUUUUAUACUUAUGUUAUUUGCUUUCCACCUUGUCAACAGUUAUUUAUAUAUUCAAUUAAUUGGUGUACUACUCCAUGUUUUACGACAAUUCAAAGAAUUACAAUUAUUUUUCUGCUUGUUCGUGUUAUUCGACAAAAGAGAGAGUUAAAUCAACGUUUUGAAUGGCGUAAAUUACGAAAAACGGCUAUUCAACUUUUGUCAAUUUCAGCAUUAUUUUUUUUCCUUAUGUUGCCUACAGUAGUUAUUUCUCUUGCUGAAGGCACUGCCUGA